UCGCAAGAUGGAAUGGCUUUUACCUUUGGCUUGUUGUGAUAAAACAUUGUUGAGAGAGUAAAUUUUACAUAAAUAAAUUUCCGCGGGAUUUUCACUCGAAUUUCAUAGCAUUUUAUUAAAGUGAAUUAGUUCCAGAAGAUAUUUAAAACAUGGAGAACGAUGAUGAUAUGAUAGUUGUUAUAGUAGGCGACGAAAAUGAAUACGAAAAUGUAGAAAAUACUGUUUCUUUUAUUAAAACGGAAGUCGACGAUGAGGAUUGUAAAUAUGAUAUAGAAAAUUUAAUAGGAGCCGCUCACACUUUCGGUGAAGAGGUGUCGUUAAAUGACAUUUUCAUAAAAGAAGAGCCACAGGACGAUGAAUAUUUAAAUGAAAAUGACAUAAAGACUGAAGUAGACUCUGAAUAUGACGACAAUAUGGACUAUAUUCCUGAGAAUGAGGAUAGUACAAAUAAUUUUCCAGAGUAUGAUGACCAUACAGAAAAUUUCCCUGAUGAUGAUACCGACUAUGUACCAGAAGAUGAUGAAGAGGAUGCAGUUGAUGAAGUGACUGAUAUCGAACCUAAAAAGAAAAGAAGAUAUACAAUGAUUAAGCCAUGGCAGCAGAAAUCUUUUGUGAAAGAACUGAGACAACAGUAUCCUGAGUUAGUUAAUAAAAAAAAGUUAAUUAAAACUCUAUCAGGUAUAAUGAAGAUGGUCAAACCGCCUCCCCCACCUUUGGAUUAUUACAUGUUGAAUGGGAUUAUGUUAGAAUGUCUGUACUGUCACCGGUUGUCAGAGACCAUACCUGCUGCUGCACGUCACUAUCAAGAGAAGCAUGGUCCUCGCUAUCUCAUCUGCUAUGCCUGCGGAGCUGACUUUAGAAGUACAACAAAUCUGUACAAGCAUGAGAAGCGCUGCAAUGCACCUGAUGCUGUAGUGGUGCUGCAGGCGCGCGCACUCUGCCUCGGCCGCUCCGGUGGCAAGCGCCCACAUCCGCCAUCACUCUCACCCUUACCCCCGCACAAAUAUUCGUGUGAUCUGUGCUCGGCGGAGUUCGUGUCGCGCAGCACGCUGCAGGCGCACGAGUUCAUGCACCUCGGCCUGCGCCCCUUCCGCUGCGACUCCUGCCCCGCACAGUACACCUCGCGCUCCGCCCUCUCGCGUCACGCGAAGAAGCACAGCGGCGUGCGGUACGAGUGCGCGCAGUGCGGGCGCACGUUCACCGCCAAGAGCGCGCUCGUGACGCACCUGCACACGCACCGCGCCGGCAAGCGCUUCGUCUGCGAGCUCUGCGGCAAGCAGUUCGCGCAGAAGUUCGCGCUGCAGCUGCACGCCGACACCCGCCACCGCCGUCUGCCGCCGCCCUGCGCCUGCCAUCUCUGUCCCAAGAGGUUUCGCAGAAAGUCCGUCCUCAAGGAGCAUAUGAAGAGAGUGCACGGAAUGGAUUUAAUUACAAGAAAGAUGUUCUUCAAAACAUUACCGCAGCUGACGGAGACGCAGCUGAAACACGCCAAAGUGGUUCUCAAGAGUGAGGAGGCGAUGCUCGCCGCGCGACCUCUCACUGACGCGUGACGUCACACCGCCACCUGUGCCCGCAGUGACGUCACCGCGCACUCAGUGACGUCACCGCGCGCUCAGUGACGUCACCGCGCGCUCAGUGACGUCACCAGCAGCUGUACAAGUCGGGUACGUGUUUCCAAAAUAUGUUAAUACGAAUGUGAUUGUUGGAAGACAUUAGUAAAUAUAUGUUUAAUUAUUUUAUGUUAUAAUUUAAAUGAUUACAAUGCAAUUGUUAUUGUUACACUGAAGAUGUAAUGUGAGCUGGAUUCUUGUUGUAUUUUCUCUUAGUUUAUAAACGCUCCGCGGAAUUAGAUAAAGUACAUUCGCUCCGAAGCGAUUCCAUAACGAACUUUAAAAAUGUAUAGAACUGAGAAUAACUUUGUAUAAGUCACAGAUUGUCGCGCGUUAAUUCGUUAUGGAAUCGCUUGGAGCGAAUGUACUUUGUGUUACCUCUCUGGAUAGUCAGAGAAACUGGAUAAACAAAAGUCCGAGGGAAUGGUUUCUCGCUUAUCCAGAUUGGACAAUAUUUUGUCUCUUAUACUUAAUUAAGAUAGUCAAUAUGUAUUUAUUGUUAACUGAAUACAGA